AUGCCACUCCGCUACGCUCCGAUCCGUGCAGCCCUGCGGCCCCGACCCCGUGCCAAUGCUGGCGGCGGCGGCGGCUUCAGCAACAGCUGCACGCGAGCAUCCUUCCACAGCUCUCGGCCGCUCCGAGAUGACAUUGAUGACAGGAAUCAUUACGAAACGCUGAAUGUCCACCCUGACGCCUCGCCAGCGGAGAUUAAGAAGUCCUUCUACUCGCUCUCGAAAACCCACCACCCAGACCACAACCGUCACGACCCGCAUGCCUCGCGGCGCUUCAUGCGCAUCAGCGAGGCAUACUCGGUCCUGAGCCACCACGAGAAGCGCGCCAAGUACGACCGCGACGUGCUGCGACGCCACACGGAGCAGCACCACCACGGCCACCGCCCGCGGGCCGGCGCCUCCUACCACAGCACCGGGCCCGUCGGCGGCCGACCGCCCUCGGGCCUCAGCAAGCGUCGGGGCACCUUCCAGGGCCCGCCGCCGAGCUUCUUCCGCAGCGGCGGGUGGGGCGCGCAGUCAGCGAAGCGCAGGGCGGCGCACGAGGAGAGCACGGGCGGCGCGGAGGGCGCGGCGGCCGGGUCGCAGCAUGGCGGGAUGGGCCCGGGGCAGGAUCCCUUUGGGCAUCGGGAUGACGUGCCGCACUUUGACAAGCAGUCGCACGAGAAGACGGGGCAGCGCAUCGAUCAGAGGCGCGCGCAGCGGAUGGCUGGCCAGGGGGUCGAGAUCGGUCCUGAACCUACCAUGGCCGGGAGCUUUUUUGUGAUAAUUGGAGUGCUGGGACUGGCAAUUGGGUUCCCAAUCUUGCUUUUGGGAGGUUGGGGGUCGAAGAAGAGCAAAGACAGAAAAGAUAAGAAAACUGCCGCAUAA